CAUCUCUUUGCAACAUGAGCAAUCUAAAAUUGAAUCCUCUGGAGAUUCUAGAAAUCAUUUCACUCAUUGGCAGCUUUCUCGAUCGAAAGGAUCUUCUAAACUGUCUCUGCGUCUCCAAAACUUUUCAUGGAGCUCUUAUCUGGCACAUUUGGAGAAAAAUCAUAGUCAGACGACACGGACCUUUCACCCCCACUGGCGAAGCACUACAGAAGCACAAGGAAUAUAUUGAGAAAAUUCACUUUAUAUACCCUCAAAAGGAUAUUCCAGAAGAGUAUGGGUCAUUGCAGGGAUGUAUUCGCCUCCAGUUUAUACAAACCAGCAGAAUAUCACCGCGCGAACCGGCUCCAACUCGUUUUUUAAAUCUAAUCAAGGCCCACAACUCUACCAUUACCAAAAUUAACCUAGCUUAUGUUCAGAAUUCACAAUUGCUCUGGGAGACACUGCUUGGAUGCGCCAACUUCAAUCGCUUGAAGGUUGCCUCUAUGUGUAUAAAUGAUGGGGUCGACAUAUUCUUUCAAGUUUGCAAGAAACUUGGGUACUUGGAUUUCAAAAAUGUAUCCAUACGCCAGCUACCUACCGACUUCCUAAGUGGUGAGGCCAGCGAGUAUACUUUCCCAAAUAUGCACACGUUGCGUGUUGACGAUGUUCGGAUAGAUGACCCUCCACAUCCGCACACCUCACCAUAUUGCCUCGGCACGUUGGUGAGGAGAUGUCCAAACUUGUCCACACUUGAGUAUAGAGAAUGCUACCCGCGCAUAGACGUCCGUGAUAAAUUCUACAAUGAAGCGUUUUUUCACCAUUCUUGGACUCUGGACAAUUUGUCAGAGCUGUCUUUCCCUAGCAUAGGGAUAAAAGACGAAGAUUUGGCGGCACUUCUCAGACGGAUGACUGAAUUAAGACGGUUAGAUAUCCCAUGUUGUGAUUUUGGCCAGCUCUCUCUGCAAGCAUUACUAGCGGACGAACAAGAGAUAUUGUAUAAUGGACAAGUGGUACGAAAAAUAAGGCUUCGGAGACUCUGUGAGACGGUUGAGAUAUUGAUGCUCGAUGUUCGCAACAAGAUAGAUGGGCUUGUUUAUACUAUUUUGUCUAACUGCCCACGAUUGAAGCGACUGUGUGGACCUAGAAUCAUGGUGACAGAGAUUGUCGAUGGAGCAGAGUGGGUUAGCACUCAACUGACUGACCUGAUUAUCACUCUAGUGGCAGACAUUGACCAAGAGACUGAAGAAGGCAUGGCAAAGACACGGAUUGUGUUCAAACAGUUAGGUAAAUUGACUAGACUACAUUCUCUUUGUCUAACAGCUUGGGUUAGGUCAAUACGGACACUUGACUUGCAGUUAAGAGCAGGUCUGGAUGAACUGGCCAAUCUGAGAAGUCUGUAUACGCUAAGUUUCCGAGAUGAUUUUCACCAACAAAUGCAACUUAAGGAUGCGACAUGGAUGGUGAACAAUUGGCCAAGCAUCAGAUACUUGUAUGGUCGCGUGAACUGGGAGUCGGAUGAGAAUGGAGAGGAUAUAAAUACUUUGGUACAGAGCUUUCUUAAAUCGCACAAUAUAUAUUGUUUCCCCUAGGCUAAUAAAGCAAAGAAAUAC